CAAGCGGGAGGUUAAUCGCGAACUAAUUUACAUUUUAAAAUACAAACAACGUAAAAAAAUGAUUCGUUCAACUGCCAUUGUCAUUUAUAUCAGCCUUGCUCUCUGCACUGUGACUUAUGGCCAAGAAGAGGUACAAAAUGCAGCAUCGGUAUUGGCGGAUAAAUUAUCUGAUUCCGUAGAUAUUCAAGCAUUAAAUGCAACAGCUACUGAACAAGUGGAGAAUUUAAAAAAUAAACUCAAGAGCAAAUGUGAAAAAAAUGCUGGACCUGGACAGUAUGAAAAAGUAUUAACGGCUAAUAAUGAACUUCAAAGUUGUGUGAAAGGUCUAGUGAACGUGACAGAACUUCAAGAUGAGAUAGAGAAGGCCAAACCGACUGGUGAUCUUGAUAUUGUUUUCAAGAAAUACUGCAUGAAGAAGACGACAUUAAAAAAAUGCACGUCUGACUUUAUAUCUGUCCUUAACCCUUGUCUUGAAAGUGCAGAACGUGAGAGCACCAAAAUUGUGCAAAAUGUUACUGAUUCUUUGUUAAAUUUCAUAUGCCAUAAAGAAGGAGAUCGAAUCGCUUUAUUCAUUGCUUCUGGAGGUCCUGAAUGUUUCCAAGCAAAACAACAAGAAAUCCAAGAUUGUUUAAAUUCUACGUAUGGAGGAUACUUUUCAGAUGUUACUAAUACUCUUUCUCCGAGUUUAGAAACUCUUCCAGCACUCAUAUUCGGUGUCAAGGAGUGCAAUGACAUGCAAAAGUUCCGAGAAUGUGCUGUUAGAGAAUUGGAAAAAUGUGACGACCCGACACCCGGAAAUAUUGCUGACUCACUACUUAAAUUUAUCAAAAGAGUAACACCAUGUGAAAGUAUGUUGAAUGCUCGAAGUGAUGCUCUCGUUGAAGAACCACCAACUUCCUCCGCUCCAACGAUAUUUACAAUGAACUCAUUUAUUUUUCUCGUUGCCAGUUUUGCUUUUACAUAUAUAUAAUUUAAGUCAAUAUCACUUCUCUAUGACUUUUCAUAAAACUAUUUUUUGAAAGCUAAACAGCUUGUUUAAUCACUUGAAAAUUUUAAUGUCUAACAUCAGAAAUACUUUCAAGAGCAUUUCUAUUUCGUACUAAAUCGUUACUAUUUUUUUUUUUUGUCUUAAUAAAGAAAAUUGAAAAAGAACGAAAAAUACUGACAUAAUAGUCACAAUAAUUAAUUAAUGAUCAAAAUAAUAUAUAAAAUACAACAUUGGAAAAUUUUUUUCAUUAGUUAAUUAAUCAUACUAUAUCAUUAUCUUCUUUUGUACCUAAAAU